AUGGGAACAGUCUUUCUCGUCCACGACCAGUCACGUGACCCAUCUGCUCACUCCCCUUUCGCCCUCAAAGUCGUCGAGAAAUCUUCUCUCCACACCAAGCUCGACGCCGACCGUCGUGCCCGAUGGGAAGUCUCAGUCCUGACCCGCCUGAGAAACUCAAGCCAUCCGUUUUUACCCUCACUUCUCGGAUCCUUCGAGACUCAAGAGCUACUAUGCUGGGCCAUACCCUUCUGUCCGGGUGGCGACCUUAACGCCCUCCGGUACCGCCAGUCCGACCACGUGUUCUCGCCGCCUGUGAUACGGUUUUACCUAGCCGAAAUCGUAUGUGCUCUUGAACAUCUUCAUAGCUUGGGCAUUGUGUAUAGGGAUUUAAAACCCGAAAACAUUCUGAUUCAACAGUCCGGUCACGUGACUCUGACCGACUUCGACCUCUCUCGUAGCCUCUCACCGAGUUCUGUGAAAACCCUGAUGAUGUCUUCUUCUUCAGAACCCGAAACAGACCCUCCCCGGAAACAUCGCCGGAAUAUAUCUCGUGUUAUACCAAUGAUGGCAUCGGAGAAGAGGAAAGGGUUGAAGAAAGCCAAAAGCGCGCGCGUAUCCCCGAUAAGUCGCCGGAGACAGAGUUUUGCCAACGGUGAACGUUCCAAUUCAUUUGUGGGAACUGAAGAGUACGUGUCGCCGGAGGUGAUUCGUGGUGACGGCCAUGAAUUCGCCGUCGACUGGUGGGCUUUGGGUGUUCUUUCCUACGAGAUGCUAUAUGGUACCACCCCAUUUCGUGGUAAGAAUCGGAAGGAAACGUUUUGGAAAGUAUUGAUGAAGCCACCGGAGUUCAUCGGCAAACCAUCGCCAUUGAAGGACUUGAUCGGAAAGUUGCUAGAAAAGGAACCCACGCGCCGGUUGGGGUACAGAAAAGGCGCGUGUGAGAUAAAAGAGCAUGAGUUCUUUCGUGGAUUGAGGUGGGAUUUGUUGACGGAGGUGUUACGGCCGCCAUUUUUGCCGUCAAGAGAUGACAGGGACUUGACGGAAGAGUUAAAGAAGGGUGGGAUUGAUAUAAGAGAUUACUUUCAGAAGUUGAAAAUGCCGCCGUCACCGUCAUGGUCGCCGUCAAUGGAGGAGCGUAGACGUAAUGCUUCUCUAACGGAGUUCUAA